UCUCAAACAAGUAACGGAGCAGGAGUGCACUUAACCAGGGCAUUUCCUUAUAAAUGAAGGAAAAGUUAAAUAUAAAAGCAAUUGUGGGCUCAGGCAAGCUUUUUGGGUUUUGUACACUUAACAAUGCUAGAAAUCUUUCAAUCACUGGAACUUCAGAGAAGUUCUGUGACAAUUCUAUAUAACUCUUAUACCAAUCUAUAAAUGGUCAAAUCUGUGAAAAUACUUGGAUUUCUGUACAUGAAGCUCCUCAUUCAGAUAUGCUGUGGCUCAUACAGAAAGAGGAAAGGGUGAGGCAGUAAUAACAUGGAAAGAGAGAAGAAAAGAAGGAAAGAGUUGGAAAUAACAUAGAGGGAAGCAACCAAAAUGAAAGAGAAUUGAUAUAAUACUGAAUGGGAAGAAGAAAUUCAGAACACACCCGUAAAGCUUCUGUGGAGACAACAAAAGACCAUAAGGCUAAAAGCCCCAAGAAUAAGAAGGACUUCCAGAAUAUUGGCUAUACUUCUAAAGUCCUCCCUGUAUCCAUCACCAAGGGGGGCUACAAUUAUGAAGAAGGACUCCGUAAUCCCCGCCAUCAUCGUUAUGAAGUACCAAUCAUCUAUCACCAAUGGGAAGGCAGAGGAGGGGAAAGCAACGUCCGUCAGCUGCAAGGUUCGCCAGGACUCGGAGCUGGGGCUCCCCGGACCGGAGUGGGAACUGGCACACAGUCCCCCCUCACCCUGCCGCCUCUCAGGUCCAACACUACGGCGUCUGCCGUUGCCCAUGCGAUUGCUGGUAGCAAGCACGUUAUGAAUGAUCACCUGGUCCUUGGCAGCCACGCACAACUCCAGGUACAGCAGCUUUUUGAAGAUAAUAGUAAUAAGAGGACAGUUCUUACUACACAACCAAACGGGCUUACAACAGUUGGUAAAACCGGAUUGCCACUAGUACAAGAAAGACAAUUGGACAGCGUUCAUAGACGGCAAGGGAGCUCCAACUCUUUGAAGUCUGUAGAAGGAACUGGGAAAGUAAAAGCCGCCUCUAUGACACCGGAACAGGCAAUGAAGCAAUAUGUGCUAAAGCUAACAGCCUUCGAACACCAUGAGAUUUUUAGUUACCCUGAAAUAUACUUUUUGGGUCCAAAUGCAAAGAAACGCCAAGGCACGACAGGCGGGCCAAACAACGGUGGCUACGACGAUGACCAGGGCUCUUACGUGCAAGUGCCUCACGAUCACAUUGCUUAUAGGUACGAAGUCCUAAAGGUCAUAGGGAAAGGGAGCUUUGGACAAGUGGUGAAGGCCUAUGACCACAAAGUGCAUCAACACGUGGCCCUCAAGAUGGUGAGGAACGAGAAGCGUUUCCACCGGCAGGCUGCGGAGGAAAUCCGGAUCCUGGAGCACCUGCGGAAACAGGACAAGGAUAACAACAUGAACGUCAUCCACAUGCUGGAGAAUUUCACUUUCCGCAAUCACAUAUGCAUGACCUUUGAGUUACUGAGUAUGAACCUCUAUGAGCUGAUCAAGAAAAACAAAUUUCAGGGCUUCAGCUUGCCCUUGGUUCGAAAAUUUGCCCAUUCAAUUUUGCAGUGCUUAGAUGCUUUACACAAAAAUAGAAUCAUUCACUGUGACCUUAAACCCGAGAACAUCUUAUUAAAACAACAGGGUAGGAGUGGUAUUAAGGUGAUUGAUUUUGGCUCCAGUUGUUACGAACAUCAGCGUGUCUACACGUACAUUCAGUCGCGUUUUUAUCGGGCACCGGAGGUGAUUCUUGGUGCCCGGUAUGGGAUGCCUAUUGAUAUGUGGAGCUUGGGCUGUAUUCUAGCAGAGCUCCUGACAGGUUACCCUCUCUUGCCUGGGGAAGAUGAAGGGGACCAGUUGGCUUGUAUGAUUGAACUCUUGGGCAUGCCAGCCCCCAAACUUCUAGACGCAUCCAAACGAGCCAAAAAUUUUGUGAGCUCUAAGGGUUAUCCCCGGUACUGCACUGUUACAACUCUGUCCGACGGCUCCAUCAUUCUAAAUGGUGGCCGCUCCCGAAGGGGGAAACUGAGGGGCCCGCCGGAGAGUAGAGAGUGGGGCACUGCACUUAAGGGGUGUGAUGAUCCACUUUUCCUUGAUUUCUUGAAACAGUGUUUGGAAUGGGAUCCUGCCAUACGCUUGACCCCCGGCCAGGCGUUGAGACACCCCUGGCUCCGGAGGCGCCUGCCAAAGCCUCCAACUGGGGAGAAGACAGCAGCAAAACGGAUAACGGAAAGCGCUGGUGCUAUAACGUCUAUUUCCAAGUUACCUCCACCUUCAAGCUCAGCAUCAAAACUGAGGACUAAUUUGGCACAAAUGACAGAUGCCAAUGGGAAUAUUCAGCAGAGGACAGUGUUGCCAAAACUUGUUAGCUGAGCUUGAGUGCCCUAAUGCUGGUAAUCCGAGAGAUACUCUAUUGCUGGGCCUUAUUCAUUUGAAACAAGUAGCUCAGAUGUUUUCAUUUGCUCAAUAAUUUUACUUAUUUGUAUCUUUUUAGCACUUAUUUUAAUGUAAGAGUUGUUCAUUUUGUUUUUAUAAAGUAUAUGGGGACAAUGCUUUAAGUUUUUAUAGUUUUAAAGAAUGUUUUGUCUUCUAAAGUAUGAUGAGCCUUACUGUAUUUCGUGUGGCAGAGUAAUAAAUAUCAAUGGCAGGCCAUUGAUUACGACAUGACUGUCAUGCGUUACAGCUUGGUGUCAAAGAUAAUUCACUAUGUUUUUAUGGUUCACAUUAUAGUUUCCUCAGAGUGGUUGCCCCUUAAGCCUCUCCCCAUCUUCCACAUUUGCCCACCAAUGGAGCGUGUACUGUUGUUUUCCGUAACAUCCGGGCGGUAGGAGUAGGAGUGGUCAGGGUGGAAGUGAUCUGUCCUCUGAAGAUACACUUGUGUCCUACAGUAUUUUUGAAAGGUCACUAUUAAGAUCCAAAACAAAAGCAAAAAAUAAGAUCCUGAAGAUAAAUUUUGUCUUAUUAGCAUUCAGACAGUGUGUAAAAAGCAAGAGAAGCAGACUGUGGGUGGAUGAAUGAAGAUGGGAAUCUGUGUGCUCUUCUAAAAUCUUACAAUGUGACAGAUGAGCAGCUUUGUAAAGAGAAACUCAUGUAUUGCAAAAUGUUUUAAACCUAAUUUUAGAUGUGUAGCCCAAGGAGUAUUUCUCUUUCUCUCCGUUCUUUCGUUCACUCCUUACCUAACUUCCACUCUGCCCUUCUUACCCCACCGUGACCUCCCUUGAUUGCAGCUGCAGUUUGCUUUUUUUUUUUUCUUUGAAGUAGCCCCUCGAAUUGGCAACAUAGAGAAUACUUUUCAUUUCUGAUGGAUUAUGACCUCAGUUGAAAACUCUAGGAGGAAAACUAGAUUGACUAGCUAUGUGUUAUUCCGAGAUGGUACCAAAAGUUUCUUUUAGCCCAAGAAAAACUCAUUCUUCACUUAGAAAAAUUUAAAUCUCCUCUAAUAGCAGAAGUACUUGUAUAGCUGCCCUGGGUAGGAUUGAUUCACACCAGCACUUAAAAAAAAAAAGAAAGAAAGAAAAAAAGAAUGAUUAUAAU